AUGGAGAAGAAUCAUGGGAAGAGCGCGAUAUUCUUAUGCAAGAUUGCCCUCAAAUGGUAUGCCACUGAGACAAUACAAGACGUCGCGCCCGGCGUCAACGUCCUUAAUAUUUCCUACCUUCGAUCGCACAAUGAGAAGAUCAACCAUCCCACAUAA